AGUAGUCAUAUGACAGCACGCACUUCCUGUAGAAAAUUCACACAUAGCAUUCCCGGCUGGAGCUUUGAGGGAGACAGAAACAACAGUCAGUCGAAGUAGUUGUCUGGACUCACAAUGCUUGCGCUGAUAAACCGGCUUUUGGACUGGUUCAGGUCCCUAUUUUGGAAGGAGGAGAUGGAGCUAACCCUGGUGGGACUCCAAUAUUCUGGGAAAACCACCUUCGUUAACGUGAUUGCUUCUGGCCAGUUCAGUGAGGACAUGAUCCCAACAGUCGGCUUCAACAUGAGAAAAGUCACCAAAGGCAACGUCACAAUUAAGAUCUGGGACAUAGGAGGGCAGCCGAGGUUCAGGAGCAUGUGGGAGCGCUACUGCCGAGGUGUCAAUGCCAUCGUUUACAUGGUGGAUGCAGCAGACCGUGACAAAGUGGAGGCCUCCAGAAAUGAGCUGCAUAAUCUCUUAGACAAGCCACAGUUACAAGGAAUUCCUGUGCUGGUGCUUGGCAACAAGAGGGAUCUCCCCAGUGCAUUGGAUGAGAAGCAGCUUAUUGAAAAAAUGAACUUAGCAGCCAUUCAGGACAGGGAGAUCUGCUGCUACUCUAUUUCCUGCAAAGAAAAGGACAAUAUAGAUAUCACUCUCCAGUGGCUUAUACAUCACUCCAAAUCCCGGAGAAGCUGAAGGACAGAACCCUCCAUCCCAGUCACGUCUGUUUCAGCCCCUAUCCCGCUCACUCUGUGAUGGUGUACAGUAGCCCUUCCUCUUCACCGCACUGUCAUGUCCCUGUAAAUUCUACCCACCAACCCCACGCGCACAUCCCCUGGUCCACUCUGCACACUGCUAAAAAUGUGUUAGCCUUCAGCCUGCAGUUUAGAGUCUGAGAGUUGUCAUGAAUGCUUCUUGUGGAGAAACAUUCUGAGCUGAGAGACCCAACAUCUGACCCCAGCACCAAUGCCUUUCACAAAAAAAACCGCCAAAUGUCUGGUGCUUUUUUUUUUUUUUUUGUUUGUUUGUUUUUAAUAUCCCUCUUGUGUCUGUGAGUCAAGGAGCAGGUGUCAGAUAAUGUGACCCCAGGCCGUCUCGCCUCCUACAGCUGUAUCCUAGACAUUGCAGGGGGGGAGGGGGGGGGCGCGGUUUGGUGGGAUGGUAGGAGAGGGUUGCCAGUCGAUACAGUUGGACUUGGGGUAAUGUAGUGGGAUUCUGCCAGUAUUUUGUGUGUGUGUGUGUGUGUGUGUGUGCACAUGCGUUUGUGUUUUCUUGUUAUUUUGAAAUUGUACUUUUGUUUUAUAAACCUUUUUGGUUUUAUAUUUUUGGCGAAUGUUUUUUUUUUUUUUUUUGGUCUUCUUUUUUUGUGAGAAUAUCCCUCAAGCUUAAAACUAGAAAAAAAGGUCACUGUAUUUAGAAAUAUCAAGCUGCUCAUUUUUACUGAAGUGAGUGUAUAUAUUUGAGUCUGAAUGUAACGGACAUAAGGUGCAGCUGUACUGAGUGAAGAGGUCUGGAAGCAUUAGUUGUGUUGGUAAUUUGCUUAUGUGGGAUGAUGUCUCCAGUGCUGUUUGUGAACCAGAGAGGGCUGCAGAACUCAAGUGCCUUCUGCAAAAUCUCUCAUUCGGAAGCAAAUCAGCAUUCCAGGUGUGCCUCCCUGGGCUAUACAGUAUAUAAUAUAAAAGAUCCAGUCGUAUAUACUCUCAAAAAAUAAAAGGGCAUGCUUUUUAAUUUAGACUAUUGUACCUUUGUUGAUAUCAGGAUACUUUCAAGGUUGUUGGUCUUUCUCUGUGAAGCGGUGCACGUAUAUUAGGCCACCCCAGCUUUAUUUAAUGCACUUUUGUAAAUAUGGUAGCCGAAAAGUAUGUAUGAUAGAAAUGUUGAAGUUGGUGAUGUAAAGCACAAGUUGGAGUGAAUGAAAUGAGAAUAAUUGCUUUGCUUCUUGAACUGUUGAAAAAAAGAAUUGUUUCUGUAUAGUUCUCAUAUAGCUUUCAUUUUUUAAAUGAAUUUAAGAACAAAACCAGCAAUCGGAUUGAAGGCACUACUCCGUUUUAAGAGACUGCUUUACAAUGUCGUUUCCCGCUAGUGUGUAGCAUGUUCACAGCCUUAUCUCUAGGCAUUAUCAACAUCACAUAACUGCAAAAUGAUGGUAAUGCCCACACUUUUUUGGUUCUGGUUGCCAAUGAUUGUUUUUCUCCUCCACGGAAACUCUCAGAGAUUGUGUUGUGUGCUACACAGAUGCCUUUCUUUUAGAUCUCAGUGACGUACCCACGUAAAUGUCUAAUCAUGAGUCGAAUGCCUCCCAUGAUGCCUUACUAAACAAGGAAGAAUGCAGCCCAUCCAAGCUGCCACCAUAGUGACAGAUGAACAGCAAACCCUUUUUCUUGUCAAGUUACAAUAUCAUAUUUCUCAGAGAUUUACACUGGGUGGGCAUGGGAAAACAAUGCAGCCUUGGUCUACAAAUUGAUGGAGACCUGAUCAUUACAUGUCUUUGCCAGCUGUUCACUAGGAUACAUUUGGUUGGUUGGCAUAUUUAGAUUUUUUUCAGAAGGAAGAGGCAUCUGCUCAGCCUCACUGGUUGUUCUGCCUGUUCUAUUUACAUGGUGUUGGUAACAUUUUUCCCUUUCCAAGACCACUUAAAUGUAUGAUAGAAAUGGAUCUCAUUUCUGAUUUUCCUAGGCCUGAAGUUUUAACCCUUCAUUAUAUUAAAUGACCCCUCAAUAGAAAUAUUAUUCCACCAUUUCUCUUUAAACUACCUCAGACCUUUUGCCAUAUUUCAGCCAGGCCUGUCUUUCCCUGUCUAGCUUGUUUCAUGCAUAAUCUGAUUUACGGAAAUCAAUAAAUCCCAACGUAGACUAAUCCACACUUGUCUGACUGUGAUUUGAGACUAAGCUUAAUUACAUAUUGCAGACACUUUUAUCCAGUGAUUAUCCAUGAUGAUAUUAAAACAGUGGGCCCUACUAAAUGUAAUGUAUUAAUCAUGUAUGCCUUUAAUUUUUUUUAUUCAAAAAUGAGAAAUCAACUUCUCCCUGAAUGAAUUGGCAACACAAGUUAUACAAGUCACAUCAGUAUCUUCUAUGUUUUCCACUAAAUUUCUGAAGUCCUUUUCAUUAAAAAGACCCCCUGCCAGUCAAUUUAUAUUUUCCCAGGGUUAAGUCGUGUCAAGCAUGUGAAAUCAUGGGUGGUGGGCAGAUUUCCAUCUAUUUUUUGUACAUCUUUAAAUAAAAUCUGUUAAAGUACAGUGUUAACAUUUUGUCCUUACUCCAAAUAAUGAAAGAAUAUAAUUUCUAUAUAUGCUUCUUUAAGACAGCGUGGGAGACCAUCGUCUGACCAAAUAAUUCCUCAAAGACAUAAAACUUUGCUGACAGUGUCCAACAGCUAAAAUUGUAAAGUGUCUGAUCUCAUGAAUUUACGAUCAUUUAAUUUUUAUUUUCAUGUUCACAGCUGCAGAUUUGUUGUUCCCUUUCCAAUGCCUGAAGCUCAAGUGAAUUUAUUUUUACUUAAAUGACACAGGUCUGAUGCUAGUUUUCAUCAGUGACUCAGAAAGUACCUGAUGCAGUCCCAAACAUGCCAGUUUAUUAUUUUGAUCCCCAGUAGUGCUAAUCUAGAUUGGGCCAUCAGCGUAUUAAAUCAGAUGACUCCAGACUUGUGCUGUUUUACAAUGAGUGUGAAAAGUUCAUUAAGGCCGACUAAACUGACCCACUGUUUAAUGAAGCCAUUUCCGUAUCAGCCAGAUGCUAUUGUUUUAUUUAUUGACCAUAUGGAUGGAGACAAAUGUAAUCAUGAUGAUGAUAUUAACAUUUAGCAGGUCAAAGGAGAAAAUGCACAGAUGUCACUGCCUUGUCGACCAUGACACAUUUGCCACUCUCGUUUGUUCUUGUGUGAGCAUGUUGUGACUAUGCACCACGUAGAAUGUAUGCUCUUUUAUUCAGCACUUUUGUCUGACUGCUCUUUGCUUUGUAUUCUGUGCCUAACUGGAUUUAAGGCACAUGCUCAUAAAAUGUUAUUUUCAGAGGAGGGACCAGGAUGCUCGGUGGGGUGGGGCUGGGGCUGGGGCUGGGGGAGGGGUGAAGAGUACAGCAACUGUUAUAGUAUGUGUUGGUCUCCUUACUGCCUUCAGCAUUAUACUGAAUUCUGAUGUUAGAAAAAGAGCAAAGAGGUGUGUUUUACCCCUGUGAAUCCAUUACUGCAUGUGUAAACCAAGACAUUAAAUUAGACUUUGUACAUAA